UUGCGCAUGAAGCCGCGGCAUCAUUCACUUAAUAGCCAAACGGAAACGGAAGAUUCUGACCAUUUCUGGACGUAGGUGGUUCGGCAGAGUUUAUCAGCACCGCGGUGAGACUGGCGCGCCUGUCGAGAAGAGGAAGAGGAGGAGGAGGAGGCAUUGGGUGCAAUACUGUCGCCACUCCGGCUGCUGUUGCGUUUGUUUGGUGAGAAAACGGACUAGGACAGGUUCCCCGCCUCACUUCCCUGGGCCUGUUGACCCCCCAUGAGAGAGAGAGGGAAUGAGAGAGGAAGCGGUGGAGAAGGAACUACUUUUUAGUUAGCUGAGCUGAUCGAUACCGAGCAGCGUUGAAAAACAGGUGUAUGGUUUCAUCACACGGAUGCAGCACCGGCUCGCGCGUGUCGCCUCUCCGCCGCUGCCGAAGUGAGAACUUUUAAUUACCUCGUAUGCUGAGGGGGCUGGUUUCCUGCUCAUAUCUAAGGACUGCGAGGCAGUCGUUUUAAGGCAUUAAACGGGAUACAGUCAGGGAAUAAAGACGGACACCAGGAGACACUUGGCCUGAGAGGGGGAAAAACAGUGGAGGAAGGAAUUAUAUCUCACCAGUCAUCCUUAUCUGACUUGUGAUAGUUCCCAGACUUCUGGUUUUAUGACGGACAGUGUGUCCCCCUGCAGUAGAUCAGUAAGAAGUGCUCUUCAGUAUGAAUACAGAUAGCGGAGGAAUUGCGAGAAAAAGCGUGGCCUUGUCACUCAUACUCUCUCCAAUGAAGAGGGUCCAGAGCUCACCAAAUUUGGCCACAGCUAAUGAUUCUCACUCAACAGAGUUUGAUUCUUGGCGGUCCCGCAGUGUUACUGAUGGUUUGAAGAAUGGAGAUGCCAGCAGUUCAUCUCUUGCUGCCAAAGGAUUUCGGAGUGUCAGACCCAACCUACAGGACAAAAAGUCUCCCACACAGGGGCCUCCUUCCCCUGACCCUUCAGCACGGCACUCCCCCUGUCGCUGCCAGAGCUCCGGAUCACUCGACUACCCAUCCAGCUUAAUGCCCAAGGCCUUAUCAUCACCCACCCCGUAUGUUCCUAGCAGAGCUGUUAUGAAAACUGGAGCAAUCAGUGAGCAGAGCGUUGCCGCUUUCAGCAACAUGAGCAUUGGUAGCUGUGUGUCACCGGCGACUUCCCCCGUGACAGUGUCGGCGCUCAGCCACUACUCGUCAUCCACGACGGGUCUGCUUGAUGAGCUUCAGAUCUGUAGCCUGGAUUCACCUGGCGCCUCACCCACGCCUUCGCCCACGCUCAGCCAUGUCUCUACCUACAUAUCCACUGCUGGGCCUGAUGAUGUGCUAACAACCUCUGUGGGCUCUACUGCUGCAGCAGCUACUGUCACUAAUGGUCAAGUUCUUUCUCAUGCAAUGAAUGGAAGUACCAGCUAUCCACAGAGGCCCAUGUCUCCACCGUCAUAUCCUCCCCCUCCUCCUCCAUCACUCCACACAGGCCUCCAGAGACACAGCAGGAGCUCAGAGGGCAGUGAGUCGGUCACCAGGGAGUCUGUGGUUUCAGGUCACACCAGCAUCAGCAGCACAGUGCCCCUCGCUCGCUUCUCAGAAGAAGAAAAGAAGGUGUCCAUCGUUAAAGCCCCGCAUUACGAAGGCAUUGGACCUGUGGAUGAGUCUGGCAUCCCUAUUGCCAUUCGCACGACAGUUGACAGGCCAAAAGAUUGGUACAAAACUAUGUUCAAACAGAUUCACAAAGUUCACAAAGCAGAUGAUGACUACUCUGGCACAUACAAUGCAACAUAUGCUUUCAUAAACAAUGCCGAUGACUACAGCACCACCAUGGCCCACCCACCUCCUCGGACACACACAUAUAGACCUCUGUCCAAAAGUCCCUCAGACAACGGUGGGCAGCGGGUUCCUCGGGAGCCCUCACCUUCCCCAGUACCCCCACCACCUCCACCAAUGCCCUCCCUCCUGCAGCUUAGGGCCAGAGACAGCGACCGGGACAAAGAUUCAACAGACAUGAAUGAAUGGGGUCCUCCAGACAGGAAAGUGGACACACGAAAGUACCGCGCAGAGCCCAAGAGUAUAUUUGAGUAUGAGCCUGGCAAGUCAUCAAUUCUGGAGCAUGAAAGACCAACCUAUGAUGACAUAGAUUUAGAGAACGAGCCUUGGUAUAAGUUCUUUUCCGAGCUGGAGUUUGGGCGGCCGCCUCCUAAAAAACGGCUGGAUUAUAAUCCAGACAUCUCCACCCGCCAGCGCAUUGAGACAACCCUCCACAUCGCCCCGGCUGACAAGGCUUCAGAGAGACCUGCAAGUGCUGCCAGCGACUACAGGAAAAGAAGGAAGUCUGAGCCAUCAAGUUCACAAGUGAAUGCCCAGUCCCAGAGCAGAGCUGCAACUUCCCCUAGACCAGUGGAUGCCUACAGAUCCAGCAGCAGCCUAAAGAAACCUUUCAUUCGUUCCUCACCUUCCUCACCCUCCAGAGCCAAAGGUGGGGACGCAUGCAACAUGUUUUCAAACAGUAUAAGCACCCCAGGUCCUUAUGAGAGUACCUCUCUCCCUCCUCUCCUUUCUGACUCUGAUCAUUCCCAUGAGGAUGCCAGCCAGGAAGGCAGCACUUCCUCAAAACAGUCUGUCUUCUGCACAAACAACUGGCAGCCAAACAGCCAGGACGAUAAAACAUGGAGCAGUUCAGAGGAAGCACCACCCUCCUCUGGCAAGCUCAAAUCCCGCAGUUGCGAUGACUUGCUUAACGACGGACAUUCUGGUUCUGGUGGCCAAAAUGCCACUCGCUCAGAAAGCGCUGGGUCGCUGGUGUGUGAUGGGAACAUCCCUACGGUAUCGUCCUCUACUCAUUCACUGCCCCCUCUCCAUCGGCGACGUGCGCACGAUUCUCCAGGUUUCCUCCAGCUGUAUCGUAAAAUGCACCAGAUUGACCGAGCUCAGCUCAUCCCAUCUGAAGUAAUCCGUUCAGUCCGUGCUCGCAUUCUGGAACUAGAGCGCCAGCCUCAUCUGCAUCGCCAUCGCCUUUCUCCUUGGACACCCUCCUGGGGUGUGGAAGUGCCAAGGGACAUGGUGCCGAACCGCAUUUCUGAAUACGAGCGUCUAAUUCAGAAGUCCAAAUCCAUGCCUAACUUGGGUGACGGUGAGGUGCCUUCGGGCACAACAACACCGGGUGGCUCGUCAUCUCGUGCUAGCAGCGGAGGUGGUGUGACUCCCAGUUUUCCAAAACGGCGUUUUUCCAUUGAGUCAUUACUAGAGGAAGAUCCCAAUAGCAACAAUAGGACUGUACGUCACAGCAUGGAUCACAUACCUCGUAGCCCACCGGAGGGGCAACCUCGUGUUGGACCCGAGCCCGGACGUGGGCAAACAUUUUCGGCUCCUCCUGUUCCUCAAGGCCCGCAAGCAAAUCCUGACUAUUCUGAUAGUGAACAAGACGCCAUUGCAUCUGACCUCAGUGACUUCAUCCAGGUGGAGGGUUCCUCAUUUUGCAGUGAGAGUGAUUUUGACCAUUGUUCCCUAACUUCCUCUGAAAGCUUGUAUGGAUCGGCCACCCUCCACCACCACCACCACCUUCGUCACCACCACCAUCACCACCAUCAUCAUCAAGGUCACCAAAGUCUAGGCCAGAGCCAGGGCUACCAACACCGCCACCUCAUCAGCACUUGCAAGGGCCGCUGCCCAGCCUCAUACACUCGUUUUACGACCAUGCUUCGCCAUGAGAGAGAGCGAGCACGACAAGAGAACCAGAGACAGCAGAGCCGCAACAGCCAUUUCCAAAUUCAGGGCUCGCAGUCUCAGCAAGCAAUGUCCAAGCUGGCCUUCUUGGUCAGCCCAGUGCCUUUCCGCAGGAAAAAGGGCUCACCACCUACCGCUAGAAGAAGCAGCAGUGGUGGAGGAGGACGAGGUAGCAGACCCAAGUCCAAACAGGCCAUUUAUGAAGCACUUGAUGCAGCCUUGAGAGACAUUUAUGAGCACAUUCAAGCAGAAAGAGGCCACAGAAGCUCUAGGCCACCUGAUGACAGUAUUUUGAGAAGAAUCCUGGCUGAACUGUUGCCAAGUGUGCCUGAAAGAAGCUCCUCUUUGCGAGGGCGGAGGGGUUGCUGGCAUGGGGGUCACUCCUCCACAUCUGUUUACCCAGAAGGAAGCCCGACUGGGUUUGCUUCAUACAGAGGAGAACCAUCCACACCAAGCCUACAGUCACCGAGGUUACAGUCGCCAAUCAGUGCCUGCUAUGGACGACAUUUGGAGACCUCAAACAAUAAUGAAUAUGGGGAAGAGCAAGGCAACGGAAAUGGUCUUUGUUAUUCAGACCAGGAUGUAUCGAGGAGUUAUUCCACCAUGGAUGAUCGACACACACCGCAGAGCAGAAGAGCAACUCCUGACAAAGAGGUCUCCCAUAAACAGAUGACACAACUUAUUCUGUUCUCUCUCCUCCAUCAGAAACAGCCUGCAAGAGCAAUUUAUGAUUUUAAGGCACAAACAGCAAAGGAGUUGACAUUUAAAAAGGGCGACUCGGUCAACAUCAUCAGGCAAAUAGAUAACAACUGGUACGAAGGCGAGCACAGAGGCCGGGUGGGCAUCUUCCCCAUCGCAUACGUUGAGAAGACGCCGUCGUCAGAGAAGCAUCAGCCAAUCCGUCCUCCUCCUCCAGCUCAGGUCAGGGAGAUCGGCGAGGCUCUGGCACGCUAUAACUUCAACGCUGACACUAACGUGGAGCUGUCACUAAGAAAGGGGGAGAGAGUUGUAGUCGUCAGGCAGGUGGACCAGAACUGGUAUGAGGGGAAGAUUCCGGGAACAACCAAGCAAGGCAUCUUUCCGGUUUCCUAUGUUGAAAUUGUCAAGCACUCUCCAUCCAAGAGCUCCUCCCAUCAUGUAGAUCCACAUGCUUACAGCCGGACACCAAGCUCCACCCCCAUCAAGUCCUUCUAUCUCCGCCCUCCAUCUCUUCCUUCCCCUCAACCCUCUGUGAGAACGCUCGACCUGCAGGCCGUCACCAGCGAGUGGCUCUCGCUCACGCUGGACCCAUCAACCCCCACCUCCACCCCUUCAUUCAUAGCCACUCCUUUACCUCCCACACCACCCCCUCUCCCUGCUGACCUCGCCCCCCUCCUGACGGCACAGGAGCCGACCUCAGCCUCACCCGCUGCCUCACAUAAAGGUUUCUCCUUUUCACACCGGCCACCUUCCAGAAGUCCUGUUUCCUUUGACAGCAGAGCGAGUUCAGCUGCCCUUUGUCUCUCCCAGCCCUCCCCGCCACUGCCCCCUCCACUUCCUCCUCCUGUCUCUUCCUCAUUCACCUCCACGCUGUCGGAUAGUUUAUCAACGCACAGUGGGAAGCGGCCACAGGUUUCUGAGGCAGACAACGCUUUAAGCUUUACUAGGCCUCAACCUUUGACCUGCACCGAGUCAGUGACAGGAAAAUUUUCCUCACAUCUCCCAGAGCAGCAACAGUCUGCUCUUGCACACGAAAACGGCAAACUGCCUGAGAUUGAGCUGCAUGUUAGAGACCCUUAUGAUGAGCUGCUGUCAGCGGCUCCAGAUGAGUUCAGUGCAGAUGAUACUGACAUUUCAAAAGAGGCUUCAGUAGAGUUCACAUGUGCCAAGUUGAAUGGUGAAUCUCAGAGCAGAUGGUUUCAGAACAAUGUCCAACAACUCAGUCCUCUGGCAGCAGCUAGUGACUCACCUGGCACUGUUCACCUAAAACUGCAGUUUCACGAACCGCUAAGCGUGAAGCCGCUUUCUGUUUUCAUUGAAGAGCAGCCAGUAUCAGUAAAUGAGGAGCUGGUCGAGCCUCACAGGCCACCGUCAGAACAAGUACACAUAUACACGGAGUUAUUCAUAGAGGAAGAAGACGAAGACAUGACAGACAAAGAGGAGAACAUUAGAGAGUUAAAUGGGCGAAUAAGUCCACAGGCUGAAGCCUCUUCCUCAUCACAGCUACCUCACUCUGACCGACUUCCCUUCAUCACCCCAUCCCCCCCAGCAUCCACUCUCCCUCCUUCUGUAAUUUCUGCCUCCUCCACAUCUUCCCGAUCCCAACAACAUGACUCCUCCUUUUCCCCUGUCCUUCCUCACUCCCCCCCAUGCCUCCCUCACCUGACAACCUGUGGACUACCUGCAGUCUCUCGCAGCCCGUCUAUUCCCUCUCCUCCCUCUCACCUUUCGGACCCGUCUGCAGUCGUUCCUGUCUCCCAGCCCUCCACUUCUCCCUGUCCGCCCAGCCCAGUUACGUCCUGCCCUGUCUCAGAGUCAGUUUUCCCUCCCCCUACCCCGACUCCCCCUAAAACUGCCUCUCCUCCUCUCUCUAGUCCCCACUCCCCCAACACUGCCCCCGUUGUAUCGCACGCAGGCCGUAGAUCCCCCAAGGUGAAGCAGGAUCCAGUUGUUGGCGGUAAACCCCCGCGUAGCCCCAUCUUGUCCAGGAGGUCCUAUCUGUCGCCAGUUAGAGGUCGAAGGCGGUUGGUACAGGAUGCACUCCAUGGUGGAGGAGACCCGUACCAGGCUCUGUACAACUACACGCCUCGCAACGAGGACGAGCUGGAGCUGAAGGAGGGAGACGUUGUGGACGUCAUGGAGAAAUGUGACGACGGCUGGUUUGUUGGGACGUCUCGAAGGAGCAAGCUGUUCGGAACCUUCCCGGGAAACUACGUGAAGCUGCUAUAAUGAUGAUUCCAGACUCCACUGUAGCUCCGCCCCCUUCUGUGACACGUUCAUGGCCGUCAGCAGCACAGCCCCGCCACAGGAUGUCAGCAGAGACCUGAGGCUGCAGCACACUUUGCAGACAGAAUCUUAGCUUCAACUAGCCAUCUUUAAUGAAAGACUUCUACAAGAUAAUGCUGUUUUUUUAAUCUUCUCUUUUUACCCUUAUUUUUCUAUUAUGGACACUCGAAAUUUGUGCUCCUUUAAUGUUUGACGGCGGGAGGAAGGAUAUCAAAGGACCGCAGCAACACUUUCCUUUCUAUUUGAGCUGUUUUAAGGGCAGUCAGAGCACCAGGAUCAGCUCCGCAGUUAUUGAAAUGUUCAACACUUCAGUAGUUUAUUUCAGUGUUCACUUACAGGAAUCCUUGAGAAAAUGAAGUGCAGAAAGUGUUAAGAAAGCAGUAUUGUGUUAGACUCGUAUUUUGGGGAUUUUAACAAACAUUUCACAUUUACUAUAGGCUGUGCAAAUACAAUACUAUCAGGUAUGUAGGGGUUUAGUUUAUCGCCGAGGCUCCCAGCAGAAAUCAUAAAACAUUUUCAAGUUGUUGGUUUUUGUUUUGAACAUUUUCCACUUUAGCGUUGAUGCACUUUAACUUUAUCUCCACACAAGCUUGUGUGCUUCCUUUCAUUUCCCCCUUCAGAUUUAUGACAGUGGUUCCUCAGACUGCAGCACUUCAGGAGGCAGUCAUCUGGAAAAUGUUGGCAGGAAGGUUGUUUACCUUUCUAGGCAUUUAUUAGAAGACGAACUGUUGAUCAAAUUGUGUCAAGAGAUGAUGAACGUGAUAUUGUUUUCUUUUUUUGUAGAAGACAUUUUGUAACACCAGAUGUUUAAAGCAUGGUUCUUUCAUUGUCAAGGACCAUUGUGCAGUUGGAUUGUUAAUGCUUGAUGGAAUAUAAUGAAUUAUCACAUUUCUAAUAUGGAUUUUAUUUGAAGAUGCAGGAUGAGAUCACGUAUGUGUUGCUGUCAGAGUGAGUAGUAGUAUCACUGUUCAUGUGUGCAUAUUGUAUGGAAUAUUUGCUAUUUUUCCAUCUUAGCUAAGCUGUCACGCGAAGUGAACGCCACUUGUUUGUUUUUGUCGUUUUUUUUAUUCCUCAUUUAUCAUUUCACAACAGAUGAACAGUGACAACAAAAACCAUUGUUAAAGCACCUUAAGAUAUGUUAUUCAUCAUCGUCCUUCAUGUCACUCCUUUCCAUUCACUUCGCCAGCGGGUGUGAGAACACUUUGUGUUUGUUUGUUGUGUUUUUUGUAAGCCUUUUGUAUGAGAGCUGCACUCCAGCCAGCAUCCACAUGCUUUAUAAACUCAGCUGUUUUUCACCCACCAUCACAUUUGGUUCCUUCUCUUUUUUCUCAUUUUUUUGUCUUUCAUCUGUAGGUGUGAUGCGUAUGGUUCGUUCGAUUUGUACUCAGAAGUCAGAAUUUCCCUAAAGUCGAAGUUGGAAAAAUUGAAUAGAUCGUCUACUGUGGUCAAAAUUCUCAUGGUUUUCAAGUCAGGUUUAUAAAACAUAGUCAGAGUUGGAGAAAUAAAAAGUUUACUUGCAAUAAACUGCCUCAUGAAAGGCAGUUUGUGCCUCAUUAAAGGGGUUUAAGAAUUUUUCAAAUCUGCAUAAAUCUGGAAACAAAACUAUGUAUAUUAAAUAUGGAAAAAUAUUUUGCUUUUCCAGAUUUUGUUCCUUAUUCCAGCAUCUGAACGAUAUAAGAAUUUCUAAAUCAUUAAGGGCUUGUGACAUUGACUUAAUGGUGGACAAUGUCCUUUAUCUUUGAUUCCCAACAUCACAGCCUGUUUUUUAGACUGACUUGUUCAUCUUUUUGGUAUAUGAAUUAGUGAUUGAACCCAUAGAUUAAUACACACACAAUCAAAGAAAACAAAAGCAGGCUGAUUACUAUUUUUAGUUCAGAGACAUUUUUGGUUGUAGAUCAGCGAUUUGAAGUGGAUCUGUGGCUCUAAAUUACAUUAGUUUUAGAUUAGAAGUCCUGCAUUAAACUAGAAGCACCAAAGUACUGUAAAAUCUUUGUCAUGAAUUAAUGAAUAUAGUUAUUCAUUAUGAAUACAUAUUCAUAACAUAUAUUGCCUGUGACGGAGCACUUGCUGUCACAGACAUCGGAAACCGUGACAACAUGAUUUGGUGACUGUAUUUUAAGCUGUAGUUAGCAUCUUAAAUUAGUAAUCAACAGUUCUUCCAGCUACAAGCAGUGAUAGAAUACACACCUGAACCUUAAUUCUGAGAUUUUUAAAAAGCUCCCAAUAACUGAAUCCAGUUCAAAAGGAUGAAACAGCCAAUUGGUUGUAACUAGUUCUGGCUUUUUGUUGUCGGCAGACAAUGUAAGGCUUCUUGAAUAAACUGCAAGCAUACCUGGCUUAUCUUAGACAAUACAGUUUAAUGUUUAUGUUGUUCAAACAUGUCACUGAGACUAAGAAUGUCUAGUUUUUGGUGUUCAUUCAGCUGUAACAACAACUUUUAUUCCUGCAACCUGUUGGCAGUUAGCUAUAUUGCAUGAUGUCCGACUGAUCAGCAAUCCAGGGUGAACAAACUCAAAAUGAGUCAACACGCACGAUUGGCAUUUGUUAGCCUGUUCCUUUAAUGUCCGCAAGAAAACCAUUAGCUUGUGUUGCUAGUAGCUAGCACCAUAAGAAUAAGCAAAGAACUGUUUUCUGACAAGAAUGUGUUCGACUCCAUCGUUCACAGACCUGACUUCUGAGGCAAAUCAAAUGCAGUUUUAAACAGAUGUAUUUAAAUAGAGUCAAGGAGGUUUUGAUCAAGUUCCUGUAGGUUAGGGGUGGGGAUUGCUGCCUUAUUUAUGACUCACUACUUUAAUAGCCAUGUACAUGUAAACCUCUUCUGUGAUGCAAAAAAUAAUUUAUGCGUAUGUAGUGUAGAAAACGUAGAAAUAUGAUAGCGUGCUGAGAAGAUACAGUCUUCAGUGUUUAGGCCUCCUGUUUACCUUUGAUAAGAGCAGAACAAAUUUCUGCUCCAAACACAUUAAUUUCUGGUGUUUUCAGAUGUAAUAAAAUAAUAAAUUGUAUAUGAUGCUUAAUUUAAGUAUUUCUACAAUAUUGUAGCACAUCUGGCUAAUCUUUUGAGCUGUAUUGAUGAUAAAGUCCAGAUGAUGGAUGGCACCAUUUUCACUGGCUUUAUUGCUGAGUGAAAAGAAAGCGGAGUGUUUAAUGAGUACUGAUUUAUAAAAGCUGACCAUUAUAGACACAAACAUGAUCUGAUAAACAUUUGCUCAAUUUAAUACAGUUUUCAUAUCUAAAGGUUGUGUUUACCAGUAAACUAAAGAGGAAGCUUUUUUGGUAAGCAAGUUUUUAAAGCCUAGUGCCAUUGCUAGGUGAUGUGUUGCAUUUUUAUGGUGGAAAUUACCUUUGUUUUGUUACUUGGCAUCAAAAAGCUGGUGUUAUCCUCACACUGUAGCUUGCUGUAUCUUGGUCUAUUAGACAUGGAGAUUAAGCUGGCUGGUGAUAUUUAACCCCGAAUGAAUAAAACAACAUUUUUCAAGGCCUAA